AUGAAGCUCCUCUAUCCGACCUCUCUGGCCCUCGAUGUCAGAUCCCUCGAAGGGUUUGCCGCAUCUCUGCACCCAUACGACGUCAAGCAGCCGAUCCCGGAAGAUCUCAUCGAUGCGGAAGUGCUGGUGACAUGGUGCAACUCGGCAGACAACCUCAAGGAUGCUGCGGCGCGAAUGAAAAACCUCAAGUGGAUCCAGUCCCUCGCCGCCGGUCCGAACGACGUCCUCAACGCCGGGUUUGAUGCUUCCAAGAUAACCGUCACAACCGGAUCCGGCCUCCACGACUACACUGUCGCCGAGCACGCCCUCGGUCUUCUCUUGAACGCGGCCCGGAAGUUCUACGAAAUGCGAGACUACCAGCUCCAAGGACUGUGGCCUCAGCAUCUGGGUGGACCUCAGCCGGACAGGCCGAAGGGCAAGUUCACCAGCUUACGGGGUGCGAAUGUCCUUAUCUGGGGCUUCGGGAACAUCGCCAAAGUCUUGACACCGCAUCUCAGAGGUCUUGGUGCCAAUGUCAAAGGUGUGGCGAGAUCAGCUGGCGUCAGAGACGGUGUUGAGGUGCUCAGCGAGGAUCAGUUGCCGAAGGUCUUGGCGGAGACGGAUGCGCUGGUUAUGAUCUUGCCGGGGUCUGAGAGUACCAAGAAUGCUUUGAAUGCCGAGAGACUGAACCAGUUGCCGAAUCAUGCCUGGGUGGUCAAUGUGGGAAGAGGAACGAGUGUUGACGAGGAUGCCCUUGUGAAGGCUUUGAACGAGGAUAGAAUUGGCGGCGCGGCGUUGGAUGUUUUCGUGCAAGAGCCGCUGCCGAAGGAGUCGCCUUUGUGGACAGCGAAGAACUGCAUCGUCAGUCCUCAUGCAGCUGGUGGACGGCCACAAGGAGCGGAAGGUCUCAUAGCCUACAACUUGAGGAGGUUCCUGGCCGGCCAAGAGCUCAAAAAUGUGAUAUCAGGUGAGUGA